UUCCCCCAAAUUGCAGUCAGGUACGAAGUGUUCUUCCUUUCUCGCUGUGCCGCUGUCAACAACUCACCGCCGUCAACAACUCGCCGGUGUAUUACGCAGCUUGUUGUGGGUGGCCGGUGGAGGAAAGAGCCACUCGAACAAAAAGGAUCUACCUGAAUCAAGUAGUAGACAUUCAAUUAAAAAGAGAAGUCGAGGCAGGUGUGUAGUACAAGGCACUUGGAAGGUCUCUUUUGGACUUUUCCGACAUCAUCAACAAGGCUGCAAUUAUAUUUUUGAAAUGCACAAGGUUUAAGCAGGGGAAAGGGACAUGUAUCAGAUAAUUCUACAAACUAAUGAAGAAAAAUUGGACAUAAGAGUGAAGAAACUCCUUCUCCAACAAGACGUGGUCCCUUCAACAGAAAUUAUUGAAUCUAUAAAAAUCCAACCAAGAUACAAGUUAUCUCUGCAAGAACGACUAGAGGGUUGGAUACUACAUAUAAGAAAGCGAAAUGCCUCAAAUACAAGUGACAAGUACAAUAUUCAUGACAAAGUCACUCACAACUUCCGCUCUUUAAAAGAGGUUGCAACAUUUAUACUAUUCAGUUGCCAGAGGAAUGAUCUAGUUCUUGCACAGAUUGGAGGUGGAACUAGAAUUAAUAUAAAAAAUGUCCAUAUUGUCAGUGAGAUCGAAAAGAAAAUAGAAGGCAUUCCAUCAGAGACGGGCAAUGGUAAACAAAAUCAAAUGAAUGAUGAAGAGUUGGAGAUCUUUGCUUGUGCUUUAAACAACCCAAUAAUUGAUUUAUAG